AUGUCCUUCGAAGAAUCGGGACCGCCAUUGAGCAGUCCCAAGGACCAGCCUUCGGGAUUAAAAAAGAUCUUAUUUUUCACAAGUAGCGAAUAUGGUCAAGCAAAUGUUAUUCUGGCCGUGAUGUACGAGCUUCUCCUGAUGAAAAAAUAUGAAAUCCAUAUCAUGUCAUUCGACCCCUUGAAGUCUCGCAUUAAAUUCCUCAACCAACAAGCUUCGACGGAGGAAUCGCAUGCGGCCAUUUUCCACACAAUUCCCGGCCUUUCGAUGGCGCAGGCUCUUGAUAGAAAUACAGAUCACAUAGGACCAUUUCCCCCCGGAGUAAGGGGUGCACAAGACACUUAUCGAAUGAUGUUACCUGCGAUGGUAACGGCUUGGAAUGGCCCUGAGUAUAUGAUCGGAUAUGAGGCUUGUUUGGAAACGAUACGAUCACUCAAUCCAGAUACGAUAGUUGUCGACCCUCUUCAUGACCAAGGACUCCAAGCUUGCCAAUCUUUAUCGCGAAAAUAUAUCAUGCUCAGUCCGAAUACCCUCCAGGACAUCUUGCGCAAGCGACAGCCAUUCUUGUCACAAUUUUUGAGGCAUCCUGCGUACGUAUCCCCGCCUCCAAAUCUGCAAAAUGUCUCACAAAUACAGCCUAUCCUCAGGAUUUCCAUACCCAGUUCCAUGGUCAUUAGUACUAUCAAACAUCUACAUCAAACUCAAAAUGAUCUGGAUCCUCAUCACGUCCCCGAAGAUCAAAGGGUUGAUGAAGUUCCGAAAAUCCCAAAACCUCCCCGCACUACCUCCAACUUUCAACCUCUGGCAAAAAGAGAACCACCAUCUAGUACCCGCCAUUCCGGAAACAGAUUUCCCCUGCAAACUCGAAGCAAAUGUCACACCAUGUGGCCCAAUUCUUCUUCCGGUCUCACCAGUAUCAAAAGUUGACCCUGAACUCGAAGCAUGGCUUGAGCAAGGACCAACCGUAUUGAUUAACCUAGGAUCCCAUAUAAAAACCGAUGGCCAAAUGACACGAGAGUUUGCAGUUGCUCUGAAAGUCUUGCUCGAUUGCCGGCCGAAAAUCCAGGUCUUAUGGAAGCUCAAGACUACUGGGAAAACAUUGCCGUUCAAAGAAGCCAAGGCGCAGAACUCGACAACUGCUGAGAUGGACAAGGAAUUCUCAAUGAGUUCUUUGGAAACGAUAGCUACAGAGAUCGGCGCCGGGAGGGUCAAAAUCCUGGAAUGGUUAUCCGUAGAUCCCCUGGCUGUGCUUCAAUCUGGUCAUAUAGUGUGUUCUGUUCAUCAUGGGGGAUCAAACUCCUUCCACGAAGCACUCAGGUAAGCAACUCUUCUACAAAAACCAAAUGAACUCGUCUUAAUAGCAAUCUCAGCGUUGGUGUUCCUCAAAUCAUUCUCCCAGUCUGGCUCGACACGUUUGAAUUUGCGAAUCGAGCCGAGUACCUUGGGAUUGGCGUGUAUGCUAGCAAGACCGCUGCGCCGAGGGUGGAUGCUUGGAAGCUGUCGAGAGCUUUGAUGAGAGUUCUUGGGGAUGGAGAUGAAGCGGUUCAGAUGAAGCGGAAAGCGAAAGAGCUGGCUGUGAUUUGUGGGAAAGUUGGGGGUCGGGUGAAAGCUUGCGAGACGAUUGUUUCGAUUUUGGAGAAUGGGUCGAGAGAGUUUUGA